CUCUUACGCCAUUGGGCGUAGCCAGACCAGCUCCUGGUCUGCCGGGUAGUGGGGGUGGCUCUGAGACUACAUCCUUAGCUGGACCCAACGGAUAGGGCGAUGGGCUGCUCCUGCAGGCUGCUGCUGUGGCUGGGAGCUGCCGGAACUAUUCUUUGCUCCAACCCGGAGUUCCAGGCCCCCUUUCUAACAUCCUCGCCCUUGCUGGUGCUAGUCUCCAAUUCCCAGGAGCAGAAAGUCACCCCCACCUCUAGUAGAGCCGAGCCAGCUUCCCAUCCAAAUCCUCUAGGCACGCGGGGGCCUUGGGUGUUUAACACCUGUGGCGCCAGCGGCCGGCGGGGGCCCACACAAACACAGUGCGACGGGGCAUACACAGGAAGCAGCGUGAUGGUGACGGUGGGAGCUGCCGGGCCGCUGAAAGGCGUGCAGCUGUGGCGGGCGCCAGACACCGGCCAGUAUCUGAUCUCCGCCUACGGAGCCGCCGGCGGCAAAGGCGCCAGAAACCACCUGUCCCGGGCGCACGGCAUCUUCCUCUCAGCGCUUUUCUUCCUUCGUCGCGGGGAGCCGUUGUACAUCCUUGUGGGGCAGCAGGGCGAGGACGCCUGUCCCGGAGGGAGCCCUGAGAGCCAGCUCGUCUGUCUGGGAGAGUCUUGGGCCACUGGAGAACAUGCGGCAACGGAUGAGACCGAACUAAACCACUAUCACUCUCAAUUUCAAGGUGGCGACACCUCAGAGUCUGACAUCCUCUGGGCUGAUGGGGAAGAUGGCGUAUCCUUCAUACACCCCAGCAGUGAGCUCUAUCUGCAGCCUUUGGCAGUCACAGAGGGCCAUGGGGAGGUGGAAAUCCGAAAGCACCCCAACUGCAGUCAUUGCACUUCCAAAGACUGCCAGUGGCAGGCAGAGCUCCAGAUGACUGAAUGCAUAUGCCCAGAGGGCAUGGAACUGGCUGCGGAUAAUGUCACUUGCAUGGAUCGGCCAACCACUGCCAGCCCUCUGAUUCUGCUGGGAGCUCUAGUGGCAGCCUUGACACUGAGUCUCCUUCUGAUGUGUGGAGUCCUCCUUCUAGUGAACCAGAGGAAGUGGCAGAACCUGUGGGGGACCAGGCUGCCGGGCCCUGAGCUUGACCUGAGCAAGCUUCGCACCUCUGCCAUCAGGACAGCUCCCAACCCCUAUUACUGUCAGGUGGGGCUCAGCCCUGCCCAGCCCUGGCCUCUGCCCCCAGGGCUAACUGAGGUUUCCCCGGGCAAUGUUACUUUUCUCAGAGCCCUUGGCCAUGGUGCCUUUGGGGAGGUGUAUGAGGGACUAGUCUUUGGCCUUCCUGGGGACUCCAGCCCUCUGCAGGUGGCUAUCAAGACACUGCCAGAGCUCUGCUCCCGCCAGGAUGAGCUGGACUUUCUCAUGGAGGCUCUCAUCAUCAGCAAGUUCAGCCAUCAGAACAUCGUUCGCUGUGUGGGGCUCAGCUUCCAGGCUGCCCCUCGCCUCAUUCUGCUGGAGCUGAUGUCUGGCGGGGAUAUGAAGAGUUUUCUGAGACACAGCAGAGCGCACCCGAGCCAGCCAUCACCUCUGGCCAUGCAGGAUCUGUUGCAGCUGGCCCAGGAUAUAGCCCAGGGCUGCCACUACCUGGAAGAAAACCACUUCAUCCACAGAGACAUUGCCGCCCGGAACUGUCUACUGAGCUGCACUGGACCCGGCAGAGUGGCUAAGAUCGGAGACUUUGGGAUGGCAAGAGAUAUCUACCGGGCCAGUUAUUACCGCAAGGGGGGCCGGGCCUUGCUCCCUGUCAAAUGGAUGCCCCCAGAAGCUCUCCUGGAGGGCAUUUUCACAUCCAAGACAGACUCCUGGUCUUUUGGGGUCCUGCUCUGGGAGAUCUUCUCAUUGGGUUAUAUGCCCUACCCCGGGCACACCAACCAGGAGGUCCUAGACUUCAUUGUCACAGGGAACCGGAUGGACCCUCCUAGGAACUGCCCUGGGCCAGUGUACAGAAUCAUGACCCAGUGUUGGCAGCACCAACCUGAGCUCCGCCCUGACUUUGCCAGCAUCUUGGAGCGCCUUCAAUACUGCACUCAGGACCCUGAUGUGCUGAAUUCACCCGUGCCGGUGGAACCAGGGCCCAUUCUAGAGGAAGAAGGGGCCUCUGGCCUGGGAAACAGGUCGCUGGAGGGUCUUAGAUCCCCACAGGCCCUGCAGCUGAGUUCAGAGAACUUGAAAAGCUGGGGAGGAGGCCUCCUUGGCUCAUGGCUGCCCUCUGGCCUCAAGGUCCUCAAAUCCAGAUGCCUCCGACCUCAGAACCUUUGGAACCCCACCUAUGGCUCUUGGACCCCAAGGAGCCCUAAGGGUGAAGAUUUAGGUGUUAACUUCAGCAAUGGCUCCUCCUUGCAUUCCUUUCCAGGCAUCUAGAUGACUUGUUAGUCCAGUAGCCUCUGCCCCUUGCAGUUUGCCCUGCAUGUUCAGACAUGUUUCCAGGCUGUCCUGGGGGUCUGACCUUUCCACACUGGAAAUCAGUCCAAAGGCUCUUAGGGAAGGGCCUGGCCACUCUCAGUCUUUGGAACCUGAGGCCACCCACCAGCCCACUGCAGAACUCAGUUGAGAAUCCCAGACUGUGCUCUCCCCAUACAUAUCUUUCAUCUGGCCCGUCCCCAGAUGAAAAUGUUUCUAAUACUAAUUAAAAAACAAAACAACAACAAACCCCUUCU